CCCGGGCCAAGCUAGCUUCUUCAAUUCUCUCCCAAGCUAGCAAUGGCUGCCGACAUUCCCAAUCCCAAUGCAGCGGAGAACGCCUCUCUCUGCCGCCGCCGCCGCCGAUACCCACAAGGUGCGGCGAAAUUUGUAGUGAUUGGGCACAGAGGGAACGGGAUGAACGUGGUGCAGUCGCCGGAUCGGAGGCUCAACGCCUUCAAGGAGAACUCCAUUCGCUCUUUCAACGCCGCCGCUCAUUUCUUCCCCGAUUUCAUCGAGUUUGACGUCCAGGUCACAAAAGACGACUGCCCUGUUAUCUUUCACGACGAUUUCAUUCUUUCCCAACAUCACCAGGAUGGGGUAGUGGAGAAGAAAAUCACGGAGCUGAGCUUAGCAGAAUUCCUGAGCUACGGGCCUCGAAAAGAGGGGGAGGAAGGGAAACUGAAGCCGCUGCUGAGAAAAACAAAAGACGGGAAGAUAGCGAGGUGGUCGGUGGAAAGGGACGACGCACUCUGCACUCUCCAAGAGGCACUGGAAAUGGUGAAACCCCCGAAGCUGGGCUUCAAUAUCGAGCUCAAAUUCGAGGAGCACAGGGUGUACCCGCAAGAGCAGCUGAGGCGAGUGCUGGGGGCCGUGCUCCGGGUUGUGUCCCAGCACGCCAAUGACAGGCCCAUCCUCUUCUCCACGUUCCACCCCGAUGCCGCCCUCAUGGCAAAGCAACUCCAGAGCAUGUACCCGGUGUUCUUCCUCACCAACGCCGCUGGCGGGCACAGCGACCCCAGGAGGGAGUCGCUGGAGGAGGCCGUCAAGCUGUGCCUGGAGGGGGGCCUGGAAGGGAUUGUUUGUGAAGUGAAGGGCGUGUUCAGGAAUCCUGGGCUGGUGAACCAUAUCAAGGAGUGUAACCUGUCCCUCUUCACCUACGGCACAUUGAACAACGUGGUGGAAGCCGUAUAUAUGCAACACAUCAUGGGCAUUGACGGAGUGAUCGUUGAUUUUGUGGGAGAAAUAUCGCAGGCAGUGGCAGAUAUGUUGAAGCAGCAGCUGGAUCAUCAUCAUAAUAAUGUGCGUGCGGAGAAGCCUAACUUCUCCCCCAAAGAGUUGUCUUUUUUGCUCAAGCUAAUUCCCCAACUCAUUCAACCUCCUCAUUAGAUAGGAUAGGAUUGAUUAUAGAUAGAUACAUCUAUGCACCGUUCUCCUAUCAUGUAUCUAUGAAUGCAUCCAUGGAUCUUAUGUGGACAAAAAAUAUACUACAUAGAUACAUAUAUAGCCCUCUCUACGGUUCUUGUGUAAAUAUAUACAGGCCCCCGGCCUAGCCCCGCCUCCAACUCUAACGUCCAUUUUAUGUUCUCUAAUGUCCAUUAUAUUUUACUCCUUACUAGAGUAAAGAUUUGAAAUUCAUAGCUUCAAAAACCUUACGGAUUGCCAACAGAGAUGGUCGGUCUUUCUGGAAGGUUCCAACCAGAGCAAACUGAAGGUCACCAGCAAGGAUAUCAGAUCUCGCCUUAGGAAUCUUCACCGACAGACACCCUUUGUGUUUUCCGACGAGUAUCUGAAGCGAAGGGUCAUCUUUAACAUUGGGUUGUUUUCUGGUAGCACUAGAAACCACCGAUGCCCAAGAUUUAGGUAACUGGUGGGCUCCCCCAUAGCGGCGGAGGACGAGAUACGACUGAGACGAGUAAGGACAUGUUUACUUCACCGGUUAUUAAACGGUGCUUAUUAAGACCCGUGUUAAUAAGCGGCGCAUAAAAUAAACAAUGUUGUAAGACCGUGUUUACUUCAAACGGUUUAAAACACCGCUUAACAUUAAAAUGUCCAAAAUAACCCUAUACAUAUAUAUACACACAAACAUUC